AUGGCAUCGGCGUCUGCACAACCAGAAAAUACAGCAUCUCAAAAAAUGUCUUUAGGUAGUUUGACCGAUGUAACUGGUGAAUUUAAUGGUGGUUCUUACAAAAUAGAUCACCGCGAUACAAAUACACUUCUUUCAGUAACAUUAUUAGCUAAUACUCCAUUUUAUGCUCAACCUGGAGCUAUGGUUGCUAUGAGUCCAGAAGUAACACUCAAGGGUAAAUUUA